AUGGCUCAGUUUCCCACACCUUUUGGUGGCAGCCUGGAUAUUUGGGCCAUAACUGUAGAGGAAAGAGCAAAACAUGAUCAACAGUUCCAUAGUUUAAAGCCAAUAUCUGGAUUUAUUACUGGUGAUCAAGCUAGAAACUUUUUUUUUCAAUCUGGGUUACCUCAGCCUGUUUUAGCACAGAUAUGGGCGCUCGCUGAUAUGAAUAAUGAUGGCAGGAUGGAUCAAAUGGAGUUUUCCAUUGCUAUGAAACUCAUCAAGCUGAAGCUCCAAGGAUAUCAGCUCCCCUCUGCGCUUCCCCCUGUGAUGAAACAGCAACCAGUUGCUAUUUCUAGUGCACCAGCGUUUGGUAUGGGAGGUAUCGCCAGCAUGCCGCCGCUGACCGCUGUUGCUCCUGUGCCAAUGGGUUCCAUUCCCGUUGUCGGGAUGUCUCCCCCCCUAGUAUCAUCUGUUCCUGCAGCAGGGGUGCCCCCCCUGGCUAACGGGGCGCCCCCGGUCAUACAGCCUCUGCCUGCAUUUGCUCAUCCUGCUGCCACAUUGCCAAAGAGUUCUUCCUUCAGCAGAUCUGGCCCAGGCUCGCAGCUGAACACGAAGCUGCAGAAGGCACAGUCGUUCGACGUGGCCAGCGUCCCUCCUGCAGCCGAGUGGGCCGUUCCUCAGUCAUCCAGGCUGAAAUAUAGACAGCUCUUCAAUAGUCACGACAAAACCAUGAGUGGACACCUAACAGGUCCCCAAGCAAGAACUAUUCUUAUGCAAUCAAGUUUACCACAGGCUCAGCUGGCUUCAAUAUGGAAUCUUUCUGACAUUGAUCAAGAUGGAAAACUCACAGCGGAAGAAUUUAUCCUGGCUAUGCACCUCAUUGAUGUAGCUAUGUCUGGCCAGCCACUGCCACCGGUCCUGCCCCCAGAAUACAUUCCACCUUCCUUUAGAAGAGUUCGAUCUGGUAGUGGUAUAUCUGUCAUAAGCUCAGCUUCGGUGGAUCAGAGGUUACCAGAGGAACCAGUUUUGGAAGAUGAACAGCAACAACUAGAAAAGAAACUACCUGUAACCUUUGAAGAUAAGAAGCGGGAGAACUUUGAACGGGGCAACCUGGAGCUGGAGAAGCGGAGACAAGCGCUCUUGGAGCAGCAGCGUAAAGAGCAGGAGCGCCUGGCCCAGCUGGAGCGGGCGGAGCAGGAGAGGAAGGAGCGGGAGCGCCAGGAGCAGGAGCGCAAAAGACAGCUGGAGCUGGAAAAGCAGCUGGAGAAGCAGCGGGAGCUGGAGCGGCAGAGGGAGGAGGAGCGCCGGAAGGACAUCGAGAGGCGGGAGGCUGCAAAACGGGAGCUUGAAAGGCAAAGACAGCUUGAAUGGGAACGGAAUCGAAGACAAGAACUAUUAAAUCAAAGAAACAAAGAACAAGAAGACAUAGUUGUGCUGAAAGCAAAGAAAAAGACUUUGGAAUUUGAAUUAGAAGCUCUAAAUGAUAAAAAACAUCAAUUAGAAGGAAAACUUCAGGAUAUCAGAUGUCGAUUGACAACCCAAAGGCAAGAAAUUGAGAGCACAAACAAAUCUAGAGAGUUGAGAAUUGCAGAAAUCACCCACCUACAACAACAAUUACAGGAGUCCCAGCAAAUGCUUGGAAGACUUAUUCCAGAAAAACAGAUACUCAAUGACCAACUGAAACAAGUUCAGCAGAACAGUUUGCACAGGGAUUCACUUCUCACACUUAAAAGAGCCUUAGAAGCAAAAGAACUGGCUCGGCAGCAGCUACGAGACCAACUGGAUGAAGUGGAGAAAGAAACUAGAUCAAAAUUACAGGAGAUAGAUAUUUUCAACAAUCAGCUGAAGGAACUUAGAGAAAUACAUAAUAAGCAGCAACUCCAGAAACAGAAGUCCAUAGAGGCUGAACGACUGAAACAGAAGGAACAAGAACGAAAGAUCCUGGAAUUAGAAAAACAAAAAGAAGAAGCCCAAAGACGAGCUCAGGAAAGGGACCAGCAGUGGCUGGAGCACGUGCACCAGGAGGAUGAGCAGCAGCAGCCACGGAAACCCCACGAGGAGGAGAAGCUCAAAAGGGAAGAGAGUGUCAAAAAGAAGGACAGUGAGGAGAAGGGCAAACCGGAAAUGCAAGACAAGCUGAGUCGGCUUUUACACCAGCAUCAAGAACCAGCUAAGCCCGCUGUCCAGGCUCCUUGGUCCACUGCAGAAAAAGGCCCACUUACGAUUUCUGCACAGGAGAAUGUAAAAGUGGUGUAUUACCGAGCACUCUAUCCCUUUGAGUCCAGGAGUCACGAUGAAAUCACGAUCCAGCCGGGAGAUAUAGUCAUGGUGGACGAAAGCCAAACUGGAGAACCGGGAUGGCUUGGAGGAGAAUUAAAAGGAAAGACGGGAUGGUUCCCUGCAAACUACGCAGAGAAAAUCCCAGAAAACGAGGUUCCCGCCCCAGUCAAACCAGUGACUGAGGUGGCCUCCACCCCUACACCCAAAGUGGCUGUGCGUGAGACCCCCGCCCCUUUGGCUGCAGCCCCCGCAGAGCCCUCCGAGACCCCCAACAACUGGGCCGACUUCAGCUCCACGUGGCCCACUAGCACGAGUGAGAAGCCGGAAACCGACAACUGGGACGCAUGGGCAGCCCAGCCCUCCCUCACCGUGCCAAGCGCCGGGCAGUUGAGGCAGAGAUCGGCCUUCACUCCAGCCACGGCGACGGGCUCAUCUCCGUCUCCUGUUUUAGGCCAGGGUGAAAAGGUGGAGGGGCUACAGGCGCAAGCCCUGUAUCCGUGGAGAGCCAAGAAAGACAACCAUUUAAAUUUUAACAAAAAUGAUGUCAUCACCGUACUGGAGCAGCAAGACAUGUGGUGGUUUGGAGAAGUGCAAGGCCAGAAGGGUUGGUUCCCCAAGUCCUACGUGAAACUCAUUUCAGGGCCCGUAAGGAAAUCGACAAGCAUGGAUUCAGGUUCCUCAGAAAGUCCCGCAAGUCUGAAGAGGGUAGCUUCCCCAGCAGCCAAGCCAGCCGUGUCGGGAGAAGAAUUUAUUGCCAUGUACACUUACGAGAGUUCUGAGCAAGGCGAUUUAACCUUUCAGCAAGGGGAUGUGAUUUUGGUUACCAAGAAAGAUGGUGACUGGUGGACAGGAGCGGUGGGCGACAAGUCCGGCGUCUUCCCUUCUAACUAUGUGAGGCUUAAAGAUGCAGAGGGCUCUGGAACUGCUGGGAAAACAGGGAGUUUAGGAAAAAAACCUGAAAUUGCGCAGGUCAUUGCCUCCUACACAGCUACGGGUCCUGAGCAGCUUACCCUGGCCCCCGGUCAGCUGAUCCUGAUCCGGAAAAAGAAUCCCGGUGGAUGGUGGGAAGGAGAGCUACAGGCACGUGGGAAAAAGCGCCAGAUAGGCUGGUUUCCUGCUAAUUACGUCAAACUUUUAAGCCCUGGGACAAGCAAGAUUACUCCAACAGACCCACCGAAGCCAACAGCAUUCCCCGCAGUGUGCCAGGUGAUCGGGGUGUACGACUAUACCGCGCAGAACGACGACGAGCUGGCCUUCAGCAAGGGCCAGGUCAUCAACGUCCUCAACAAGGAGGACCCCGACUGGUGGAAGGGCGAAGUCCACGGGCAGGUGGGGCUCUUCCCGUCCAACUACGUGAAGCUGACCACGGACAUGGACCCCAGCCAGCAAUGGUGUUCAGACUUACACCUCUUGGAUAUGCUGACCCCAACUGAGAGAAAGCGACAGGGGUACAUCCACGAGCUCAUCGUCACAGAGGAGAACUACGUGAAUGACCUGCAGCUGGUCACAGAGAUCUUUCAGAAACCCCUGAUGGAGUCUGAGCUGCUGACAGAAAAAGAGGGUGCUAUGAUUUUUGUUAACUGGAAGGAGCUGAUUAUGUGUAAUAUCAAACUACUGAAAGCGCUGAGGGUCCGCAAGAAGAUGUCUGGAGAGAAGAUGCCCGUGAAGAUGAUCGGGGACAUCCUGACGGCCCAGCUGCCACACAUGCAGCCCUACAUCCGCUUCUGCAGCUGCCAGCUCAAUGGGGCCGCCUUGAUCCAGCAGAAGACCGAUGAGGCCCCGGACUUCAAGGAGUUUGUCAAAAGACUGGCCAUGGACCCACGCUGUAAGGGAAUGCCCCUGUCUAGUUUUAUACUGAAGCCCAUGCAACGAGUAACGAGAUACCCACUGAUUAUUAAAAAUAUCCUGGAAAACACUCCCGAGAACCACCCGGACCACAGCCACCUGAAGCACGCCCUGGAGAAGGCGGAGGAGCUGUGCUCCCAGGUGAAUGAAGGGGUGCGGGAGAAGGAGAACUCGGACCGACUGGAGUGGAUCCAGGCCCACGUGCAGUGUGAAGGCCUGUCGGAGCAACUUGUGUUCAAUUCCGUGACCAACUGCUUGGGGCCACGCAAGUUUCUGCACAGCGGGAAGCUCUACAAGGCCAAGAGCAACAAGGAGCUAUAUGGCUUCCUCUUCAACGACUUCCUGCUGCUGACCCAAACCAUCAAGCCCCUGGGCUCCUCUGGCACUGACAAAGUCUUCAGCCCCAAGUCAAACCUGCAGUAUAAAAUGUACAAAACACCUAUUUUCCUAAAUGAGGUUCUAGUGAAGUUGCCCACUGACCCUUCUGGGGAUGAACCCAUCUUCCACAUUUCCCAUAUCGACCGGGUCUACACCCUCCGAGCAGAGAGCAUAAACGAAAGGACUGCCUGGGUGCAGAAGAUCAAAGCAGCUUCUGAACUCUACAUAGAGACGGAGAAGAAGAAGCGGGAGAAGGCAUACCUGGUCCGCUCCCAAAGAGCCACAGGCAUCGGAAGGUUGAUGGUGAACGUGGUUGAAGGCAUUGAGCUGAAACCCUGUCGGUCACAUGGAAAGAGUAACCCGUACUGUGAGGUGACCAUGGGCUCCCAGUGCCACAUCACCAAGACCAUCCAGGACACUCUGAACCCCAAGUGGAACUCCAACUGCCAGUUCUUCAUCAGAGACCUGGAGCAGGAGGUGCUGUGUAUUACCGUGUUUGAGAGGGACCAGUUCUCGCCAGAUGAUUUUUUGGGUCGGACGGAGAUCCGCGUGGCCGACAUCAAGAAGGACCAGGGCUCCAAGGGUCCAGUUACGAAGUGUCUCCUGCUGCACGAAGUCCCCACGGGAGAGAUCGUGGUCCGCCUGGACCUGCAGUUGUUCGAUGAACCGUAG